AUGUCGGUAGACCGCAGGUCUGAAUCCGAAGCAUGUUUGAGAACAAAUGUACAGCGUUCGACUGGACCAUUGGUUUCGCCGACUAAAAGCCGGGUACUCAACAGGAACCGCCACGAGAAGGCUGUCCAGUAUGGGUUCCCGCCUUCAAAAGAGAAAAGAGAAGGUCUAGUAAACAGCAAAUCACAGAAGGACUUACGGCUCGGAAUCGACGCCGUGAUCUUGUCGUGUGCGAUAUGGAACCUGCGGAACGAAGACGUGGAUGAGCCGGUGAGCCCAGCGACGAUCGCGACUAUGACUUGGAGACCUAGGCCGUACCUUGGCGGCGGACAGAAAGCUUGGGGUGUGAGCUUCCAAUCUCAGAUCUUGUCGUGUGCGAUAUGGAACCUGCGGAACGAAGACGUGGAUGAGCCGGUGAGCCCAGCGACGAUCGCGACUAUGACUCGGAGACCUAGGCCGUACCUUGGCGGCGGAACGAAAGCUUGGGGUGUGAGAUUCGAAGCCGUGAUCUUAUCGUGUGCGAUAUGGAACCUGCGGGAAGAAGACGCGAAUGAGCCGAUGAGCCCAGAGAUGAUCGGGAGUAUGACUUUAAAGUACCUUCAUAUCGAUUGUGGGUAG